AAAGAGGGAGGCAGCCAAGGGCGGAAGGGAAGAGGAGGAGCGGCGGCUGCUACUACGGCUACUGCUUGUGCCAGCCAGGCCAUGGCCGUGCUUGGGCUGCCUCAGUAGCUGCUGCCGUCCAAAAAGCAGGGCGAGAAGGAGCCCCCCGGGGAGAGUCUCCCGACUUUUCUUGGCGGUGGCUCCCAAUGCCAGCCGCGGCCAGGGCCACUGCUUUGCCCGAGGCUGGGCUCUGAGCGGCUCUUCCCCGUCCCGCUCAUUCAGCCCCUCUCUCUCUCUCUUGCUGCCUACACAACUCCCAGGCUCGGAUCGAGGAGAGGCCGCGGCCUGCAAGCGCCGGGAAGGCAGCGAUGUCGAGUCAGCCCCCCGCGCACCGGGCUUCCAGGCGGACCCGCUGAAGCCCAGGCGGAAGAGCCUCGUAUGAGGCCUUUCCGCGGCUCAGGGGGUGACCCCGCCAGGCCCUCCUUCUCCUGUGGCUGUUAAGCACCGGGGGGGGGGGCUCGGAGGAACAGCUUGGCGCGAGGAGCCCCCCGCCUCAGGUUCACUCCCAUAUUCUCGCUCCGCUCCGGGUCUUCCUUUUUUUUGUCCGCCCCGCGCUACACGCAUCCUCCGUUGCAAGUGAAGGGAUGACUGCUGCCAGCUCCGCUGACAUGAUCGAAACCUCUCCAGUGCUCAACUUCGAAGAAAUUGACUACAAGGAGAUUGAAGUGGAAGAGGUUGUUGGAAGAGGAGCGUUUGGAGUGGUAUGCAAAGCAAAAUGGCGAGGAAAAGAUGUGGCCAUUAAACAAAUAGAAAGUGAAUCGGAACGAAAAGCCUUCAUUGUAGAGCUUCGGCAGUUGUCACGUGUGAACCAUCAUAAUAUUGUCAAGUUAUAUGGAGCUUGUUUGAAUCCAGUAUGUCUUGUUAUGGAAUAUGCUGAGGGAGGCUCUCUCUAUAAUGUCCUACAUGGUGCGGAGCCUCUGCCUUACUACACUGCCGCACAUGCAAUGAGUUGGUGCUUACAGUGUUCACAAGGAGUGGCAUAUCUUCACAGCAUGAAACCGAAGGCUCUUAUUCACAGGGACUUAAAACCACCAAAUUUGCUCUUGGUGGCAGGGGGGACGGUUUUAAAAAUCUGUGACUUUGGUACAGCUUGUGAUAUUCAGACACAUAUGACCAAUAACAAGGGAAGUGCUGCUUGGAUGGCACCAGAAGUAUUUGAAGGUAGUAAUUACAGUGAAAAAUGUGAUGUGUUCAGCUGGGGUAUUAUUCUAUGGGAAGUGAUAACCCGGAGGAAACCUUUUGAUGAGAUUGGUGGUCCUGCUUUCCGAAUCAUGUGGGCAGUUCAUAAUGGUACUCGGCCACCUCUAAUUAAAAAUUUACCUAAACCUAUUGAGAGCUUAAUGACUCGUUGCUGGUCAAAAGAUCCUUCACAACGGCCUUCCAUGGAGGAAAUUGUCAAAAUAAUGACACAUUUGAUGCAGUACUUUCCCGGAGCUGAUGAACCUCUACAAUAUCCUUGUCAAUACUCUGAUGAAGGACAAAGCAACUCUGCCACUAGCACAGGCUCAUUCAUGGAUAUGACUUCAACAAACACCAGUAACAAGAGUGAUGCUAACAUAGAACCAAAUGAUUUUCAAGGAACUACUACCAAUGACACUAUUAAACGUCUAGAAUCAAAACUGGCCCAACAGAUGAAAAAUUCAGCAAAGCAUUCGGGAGAGCCUGGCCGCUUGAGUUUACCUCCAUCUCGUGGUAGCAGCAUGGAAAGUCUGUCAGAUGGUCGCGGACGACAACAGUCUACCCUUGUUUCAGGAGAAGGCAAACGAAUUAGUGCAGAUAUGUCUGAAAUAGAAGCAAGAAUUACUGCCACCACAGCCUUUUCCAAACCCAAACGAGGCCAUCGUAAAACUGCUUCAUUUGGCACCAUUCUGGAUGUCCCAGAGAUCGCCAUACCAGCAGGCAACGGACAACAGAGGCGCAGAUCCAUUCAGGACCUCAGCAUUGCUGGAACAGAAUCCAACCAGGAAAGUAGAAACAGCAGUAGAUCAUCUAGUCCUAGUGUGAGAAUGAUCACUACCUCGGGACCAACCUCUGAAAAGCCAGCUCGUAGUCUUCCAUGGACACCUGAUGACUCUACGGAUACGAAUGGGUCUGAUAACUCCAUCCCAAUGGCAUAUCUUACAUUAGACCACCAGUUGCAGCCUCUAGCACCAUGCCCAAACUCAAAAGAAUCUAUGGCUGUGUUUGAACAACACUGUAAAAUGGCACAAGAAUACAUGAAAGUUCAGACAGAAAUUGCGCUGCUGUUGCAAAGAAAGCAAGAACUAAUUGCAGAACUGGACCAGGAUGAAAAAGACCAGCAAAACACAUCACGUCUGGUACAAGAACAUAAAAAGCUUUUAGAUGAAAACAAAAGCCUUUCCACUUAUUAUCAGCAAUGCAAAAAACAAUUAGAAGUCAUCCGAAAUCAGCAACAAAAACGUCAAGGGACAUCAUGAUUCAGUGGGACUUCAAAUUGACAAUGAUGCACAGAAAACUUUUUUCUUUUCUUUUUUAAAUUAUCCUAUAAUAUGACAAGUCCUGAGUGUUUCCUUAUUGGUGUGUGCUGAACAUGUAGACUUACCUGCUGCUUUUCUAGCAUCAGUUCAAUAUUCUUUUUAUUUGGGUGAACAUUGAGUUGUUUGAGAAAAAUAAGAGCAGCAACCUGAAUUAUCAGCAGCACUAAACGUAAAGCAAGAUGCAAUAAACUCUGGCUGUUUGCAUGCCCUUGUGUGAUGGCUAGCCUUUAAAUGUGACUGAGUGGCUGAGACAUUGUAAGAUCUUCUGGUGUUGAUGCAAUAAGAGCAAUGCAGAAAUCUUCCAUUUUUUCAGAAAGUUUUUUGUUCUUCCAUGUCAGGCUAUGGGCACGAUUCAGUUGGGUUUUUCUUUUUUGUGGGAGUGUGAGUGGGAAGUGAAUUCCACCAGCUCAAGAGGUGAUGGUAUCUGAACAACACCGUGUCUCCUUUUGAAUAGUUCCAUCUUCCAUAUUAAAAGAAAUGGAAACCUAAGCUGAUGUCAUCAUGUUUGAUAACUCUGUGCCUUAAUUAGAAUUCUUGUAAAUUUGCAUUCAUUUUUCUACUUUAUUUUGAGACCCAAGGAAAUAGGGAUUUGUGACAAGCAAUUUAUUCAGGUCAUGUGAGCAAACUGCCCCUAGACAUUGAUAAAGGAAAAAUGGGGCUCUUAAAUAUAGGGGAUUAUGAAAAAAAAUCUGUCUAUUCUCUGUCUUAGGGUAUCCUCCUUAUAACACUUAUAUUUUUAAAAAUUUCAUGACCUUGCUGGAGAGAGAAUAAUAGCUCCGGAUACUCCCACCCCCAGUCCUGAUGUACAUCUAACCCAAUUUCAAUUGCUAUGGAAUCUGGUAUUUUACAUGUCUAGCACUUUAUAUAUGAGAGGCAUCAGAUAAUAGAAGACAGUGGAGGAGCGGUGCCUGUCUUCUCUCCCGCUAUAUUGGAAGAUGUAAAGAAAUUUCACAGGGUUGUAGUAUAACUUUACCGAGUUUGGAAGAAAUAGUGAGAAUAUUGUUAUAGCUUUUUUCAAAAUUAAAAUUUCAUAGCAAAGUACAAAAAUGCAUAAUGAAUGCCAGUUAGUUCUUUUGCUGUCAUCUUGUUUCUCUAUUAUGAGAACGUGGCCUACAAUCCAAAGAGUAUCCUCAGGCAUCACUUGGUGCUUGCAUCUGCCCCAUGGGUUUUUUCACUUAGAAUAAUAGGCCUCUUUAUUACAUCUGAAAGUGCUUUUAAACUACUUCAAAUUUCAGAUUUGGUUUUUACAUAGGUUUAGGAACUGCUCUUUUGAAAUAACAAAAUGAAAUGAUAAAAUGGUUGCUGUGGUUGAAAAGUGCAUAACAUGCUUGCUUGAUACUGGUGAACAGAACAACAGCCCAAUUCAGAAUCCCUGGCAGCAUGGAAAGGCACAAAACACCAAACCUCCCUUCACUGCUGCAAAAAAACCCCCUUCAUAGGGCUUAAUAGAUUUAUGCCACCUGAAAGGGUGGCAUAAGUCCAGGACCCUGGCAGCGGCACAACUACCUGCACACCUGGGAAUGACCCAAACUCUCCCUCCUCUCCCAUGCCAUCAUUUAAUUGGGAUACCAGCAUAGCUCCACAUCAGUCCAGAUUUCUGGCUUUUGCCACUAUGGAGCUGAGGGGCAGCCGGUCGUGCACUCCUUUGCCACCUCUGCAGGAGGGAGUACCCCUUCUGCCAGCAAAGGGGGCAUAGCCCUGCACCACUGCCUCAAGUGGAUUCACCUUCCCCCCAUGUGGAUUGGGCCGUAAAGCACAGAAUGUAUGUAUUGUGUAGGUGCUUGGAACCACUGAGAAAUUUUUUUGGCAUAGUACAAAAGAGAAAGGUAAAAACAUAGAUAUCUUUGUCUGCACCACAAUAUCCAUGGUUAGAAAUUAGUCUAAAAGCAAUAGAUGCAAACUCACACAUCACCUAUUUCUGUAAUUCUGUGGGAAGAUUUUUUUUAAAAAAAACACUAACAAACUCUGAAUUGUGAUACUAAGUGUGCAUUUGGAUAUGCCGCCAUGGAGAAAAACACCAUUUGACUAGAGCCAAAAAAGCCAAAACAUUUCAGCUUUUUUGGCUGCAGUCAAAAGCUCCUGCCAGCCCUCCCACCCAAUUUGCAGGUUUGACAGAUCUAAAAAUUAAGAUCAUGGCUCUGUUGAAGCCUAUGGGGAAUGUUUGCCAGGGUCCAGGGGACAACUAUUUUUCUUCCAUUUGGGGGCCAAUAAAAUUGGACACACACACCCCGACCCAAUCUUUACCAAAUUCAGAGGCUGUUAUAAGUAAAGUCACAAGCAGCUGUGUCACUAAUUUGGUGCCUCUACCUUAAAAAAUAACACACACACCCCCAAAAAAACUCACAAAGAUCCCCCUUAAACCUCAAUGAGCCUAUAUGAGACCAGAUAAUCCUGCAAGAAAUAACUUCCCAUCAAAGUCAGUAAUGGGGAAGGUGUGGAGAAAAAGUUGGCUUUGUUAACAAUCUGUGGGGAAACUUUGUGGUGUUGAAGUUGAAGGCACCAAAUUUGCACUGUAGCUGCUGGUGACUUUCCUUACACAAACUCCCGAUUUGGUAGAUAUAGGAUUAGAGGGGCUAAAAUAGCCCCCAUUUUUUCUCUAUUUGGAGGCCAAUGAAAUUGGUCCCCUGAACCAGUCUUUACCAAACUCAAGGCAAACAAUGCCUCUACCUUAAUAAACUCUCACCCCAAGAACCUGUAAAGAUUUCCAUAGAGUAUAAUGGAAUCAAAAAUUAUUAGUAAAUCUGAAAAAGCUGGGAAAAAUCUGUAUCAGUAUGAGGAUCUGGUGCUUUUUAAAACUGUUCUUAGAUUUACAAAAAAAUACAGGGUUUUUGUGUGUAUACACCCCUACUGAGUGUAAUUGAUAACAUGCAGUAUGCUUUCAGUGCCACCUGAGAUAAGUCUGUGCUAGUAAAUUAAGACCAACUAUGUUUAGUUUGGUUUAGUCCCAUGGAAGAAUGUGCAGAAUUGCUGUCUUAGUAGAAUCGUAUGUUUUUAAGCACUUGCAAAAGUGUGAAAUUGAAAAACAACCUUUUCUAAAAGAAAACUGCCUGUCAUUAAAAUAUACACAUUGAAACUCUUGAGCAGAUAGACUUGGCCAUUUUUUUUUCAGGAUUGGAUUGCAAAAAAACAACUACUAUGCAGAGACUUCUUGAAACUGCUGCAGCUCUUCUGUAUAACUAACCAGGUGGAGUGGUUGGAUCUUCCCUUUCGCCCCACCACAAGAAAUGCAUUUUGUCUGCAUAUACUACUGCAAAGCAGGAAAAAACAUGGUGGCUUCCAGUUGGUAUAGUGAGCCACUGUGCAUGGAUGCUCUAUCAUCUGAAAUACAGCUUCAAUAAGCUAGCUUGUUCCGGAGCCAUUCCAAAGUGCUGAGAACUCCUUUGCAUUAAUGUCCAAAUUUUACCCUUGUAUUGCCUGUUUUUUGUUUUGUGUUUUAACCUCUUAGAUUUUGUUGACAUGGACAUAGGUUAUCAAAGCUAAAGGUCUGUGUUCUGAAAACAGUCUUUUCAACUUUAAAAUAAAUCUGUUCUUGGCAA